UCAAACGGAUUUCAGUGAAUCUAAACCCAGUGUGAUCGAGUGAUCGUGACAAACAGAUGGACACCGGUGAAGGGGAAUCAUCCGGAAGCAGUGCGCUGUCCGCCUUCAACAGUUUGUUCUCAUUCACCAGCCCAGCGGUGAAAAAACUUCUCGGCUGGAAGCAAGGCGACGAGGAGGAAAAAUGGGCCGAGAAGGCGGUCGACAGUUUGGUGAAGAAGCUCAAAAAGCGCAAAGGUUCCAUCGAGGAUUUGGAACGGGCACUCUCCUGUCCCGGGGAGCCUUCGAAGUGUGUGACAAUUCCACGAUCGCUAGACGGUAGACUGCAAGUGUCCCACCGAAAGGGACUUCCGCAUGUUAUCUAUUGUCGCGUCUGGCGCUGGCCUGAUCUGCAGAGCCACCACGAGCUGAAACCCAUCGAAACCUGCCAGUAUGCGUUCUGCGCCAAGCAGAAAGACGUAUGUAUCAACCCGUACCACUACACACGCGUGGAGAGUCCGAUUCUUCCCCCGGUGCUGGUUCCUCGACACUCGGAGUUUGCGCCAGGCCAUUCGAUGCUGUCGUUUCAUCAAUCGACAGAAUCUACAAUGCCACACAAUGUAAGUUACACUAAUGUGGGGUUCAGUAGCGGAGCAAGUUCACCGGCUUCCUCUCAGAUGAGUCCACACGGGCCGAUGGCGGGUAUGGGUAGCCCUGGCUCUACUCCCCACAGUCCUUAUGGAUCAUCGCCGGAAACACCUCCGCCCGCUUACAGUCCACCGGAAGAUGCGAAAAAUCAAUACAACAGCCACAUGGAAACAAACCAAGCACAAGGCGAAAUGGCAUCCGUCAGCUAUCAGGAACCGCCGUAUUGGGCCAGCAUAGCGUACUAUGAGCUAAAUUGUCGCGUUGGCGAAGUAUUUCACUGCAAUUCUACCUCAGUUAUCGUUGAUGGCUUCACAAACCCAUCGAACAAUUCGGAUCGCUUCUGUCUCGGUCAGCUGAGCAACGUUAACCGGAACAGUACGAUCGAGAAUACCCGGCGGCACAUCGGAAAAGGAGUCCAUUUAUAUUAUGUGGGCGGUGAGGUGUAUGCUGAGUGCCUUUCGGACGCCGCAGUUUUCGUGCAGAGUCGCAACUGCAACCACCAUCACGGAUUCCACCCGAGCACGGUAUGCAAAAUUCCGCCGCGUUGUUCGUUGAAGAUUUUCAACACCCAAGAGUUCGCCCAGUUGCUGUCCCAGUCGGCGAACUAUGGUUUCGAGGCGGUGUACGAGCUGACCAAGAUGUGCACCAUCCGGAUGAGCUUCGUCAAAGGCUGGGGAGCGGAGUAUCAUCGGCAGGAUGUCACCUCAACUCCGUGCUGGAUCGAGAUACAUCUUCAUGGACCACUGCAGUGGCUAGACAAGGUUCUGAUAGAGAUGGGAUCGCCGCACAAUGCGAUCAGUUCGGUUUCAUAG